UCUUGAAAAUGAGAGAAUGUGACUCAAUGACAUUCAGACCUUUGAUAUCUGUUCUUGCAUACACAUAUCGACUUUGUCACAAAGCUGUUUUAUAUAAUAAAGCUUUAUUACAUUGGAAAUAUUUUGUUAAUUAUGUUAUUCAGGAUAUAUGAUAGUGUGAAACAAACUCAAUUUGAUGAUGUCAUCAUGAUUUUUAAAAUAUUAUUGAUUGCUUCUGCCUUUUCAUUGUAUUAUACAAUUUUUAGUACUGAUAUUGAUACCAUCUUUGUGCACCAUAAAAUCAGAAAAAAUUGAAUCUGGCAGAACACAACAUGUUUAAAAUUGGAUUUUUGACCAAAAUAGGUUGAAUACCUAAUAAAAGACAGAAUAUUCGGAGAAAAAACGAGUGGGAGACAUUAAGUUUCCGUUAUUGAUUGCAAACAAAUGCCUUCACAAUAUCGUGCUCUACCAAUUAAACGUAUUGGAUGUGCGCUUUAUAGACGAAGAUCAAUGUCUUAAAAGGAAUCAAAUAUUUAGUGUAGUUGGGUUGAGCAGGAACAAUCGACUCAAAUAAUCGUUAUCUCAAGGGCUAGUAAUCAUUAAUGAGGCUCUUGAUUGUAGUCAGAAUUAAAAAGACCCACAAAAUUUCAUCUUUAGUCACUUUUCAGAUGUUUAAUCUUUUCAAAAUGCUGAAUUGUAAACAUCCUCAGCUUUUUGAUCUGCAUUUGAAGUGUUGUGCGUAGGCGUAAGGAGGGAUUCAGCAUUACACCAUGAACUACAUUUGAUCUGCUUUAUUUACCUACCCCUCUCCCCCACCCUAUGAUGGCAAAUUAGUUCCAAAAAUACUAAGAAUGACCCAUUAAGUUUUCAUUGUAAUAGGGACUUAGUUCCGCAUUCUCAAAUUUUUCCAUUAUAAAAAGAUGGAGAAAGGGAAAAUAUUAAUCAAAUUUACCUUAUAUCUGAGAGUGCCAUUUCCAGCCAUCUAGAGGUGCGAUAAUCAUAAAUUUUCUUACCUCAAACCCAAUCAUGGUGGGGCUGAGGUAAUCUAGACUCUCCAUCAAUGAAAUUCCCUCCCUAGGCCUCCUAUAUAUUGAAUUCCUGGAUCCGCCACUAUUGCACUCUUCCCCCAGACCAUUCCGCACCCCUAGAUCAAAACCAGCGUAUACUCCUAUUGUGCCAAUGUGCUUGAUAUUUGAAUCAUCAGAUACAAGACACUUUCAAUGCAGCUGCUAAUACCUUUUCCAUUCUCAUGUAUGUUUGUUUGUACAUUGGAGUAUUUCUUUCUCUGCUAAUGACAAUCAACAUUUAAUAAAGCGCUUAUGUGAAGUAAAUGAGGGAAUUUUGUUGUUUGAUCGGUAUAAACGCAAAUAUUGUUAAAUGAAGCCGAAGUAUAUUGUAAACUUAAUGAUACAAAGUCCGUAAAUGAAGGUGACAUUUUAAUGACAUGUUUGCGAUCAAAUUUCUGCUGCGUCUUUGUGUGGUCUGUUAUCUCUGCCUUCAUUUCUCUGCAUUUAAGUUUUAUUUGAUAGUUCAUCAUUAGCUUUCUAAUAUUAUUCGGAUAGAGUUGAAUUUUGAGCUGUGACAGAUCAUAUCGUAUUAAAUAUUGUCGUUGAUCCAUGUGAUUACGACAGAGUUCCGUAGAUCAAACAUUUUACACUUUCUUCUUCAAUAGGCUGAGAUUAUAUCAGUUUUUCCUGGUACUUUUCUUGAUUUAUAAUCAAAUUUUGUAUCUUCUGAACAAGGGAAAGAUUGCACAAUGUUGUAAUAGAUUGAUUGUGAUGGAGACAUUGUUGCUGACAAUAAUUGACAUACAGUAGUUGAUGAAAAUGACCGAAUCAUUCUGCAACGCCUCAUUUGUUGACGAGAGUCCUGUGGGAGUUGUUAUCGUAGAAUGCAUUUAUAUUUCUUUAUUAUCAGUUCUUGGAAUUUUUGGCAAUCUUUUCGUUAUCACUGUUGUGAUAUACACCAAGUCCUUACACAACCCUCAUUAUUUCUUUCUUUGUAAUUUAUCUGGAUUUGAUCUCUUCACGAACGGAUUUCUCAUGCCGAUAUUCAUCACUACGCUAAUUGAUGUAAAUGUUACAGCUGGUUUUUGCGAAGUCAUAGCGUACUUGCGAUUAUGGACAGUCGGUAUGGUUUUGUGUACGCUUUCGCUUAUGAGUUUUAACCGUUUCAUGAAAGUAGUGCUAAAAAAAGAGACGUACAGGAGAUUUACUAGUAAACGUUGGAUACUUCUGAUGAUUGUAUCAACGGGGUGCAUUACAUGUCCGUUGCCGCUGACGCCACUUUGGGGCUUCGGUGAAGUUGGAUUCAAUGUUGGAUUGCAUCAUUGUACAUUUACAUACAGUUAUGAUGGCUGGCUUCUGGCAGUGUUGCUAGAGUCGGUUGGUCUAGGGGUAACUGUUCUCCUUCUCUUCAUCACAAACUACGUCAUCUUUAAGACGGUGCGCGACAGCAAGCGACGAGUUGACCUUCAAUCAAAUUCAGUCAACAAAAACUCAUUUGCAUUCAAUAUAGGUACAGGCACAGUGAGACAGAAGCAGAAAGAUAAUAACAAAGUCGCAUCCAUUAUGCUCGCAAUGAUUUUCACGUUUAUGAUUUGUUGGCUGCCGUUUUCAAUCGCUAUGUUUUUUAAUCAGAAUUGCACUGUACCAGUUCCUCUCCUUCGAUUCAUGGACCUGUUGGUCUGGACUAAUUCUACAAUCGAUCCAUUUAUUUAUGCGUAUUGUAAUUCACAGUUCUUAAAAGCUGUCAAAAGACUUUUACCUAAUUGGCUCAAUGCCUAGCUUUAAAAACAAGAUUAUCAGAGAAUGCCAGACGCUCCUACUAAUACUAAUUAUUGAUCUUGUAAUUGAUAGAAUAGUGUGAAAGGUUUACAUACAUUCAAAAGACGGGCACUCACAGAGCCCGAUGACCAGUGGGUUGGAUCCUUCAGCCGGCGGUCAUACGACCGUCAGAAGCCGCAAUGGGUGUCCGGCUUAAGACAGUUGGUUUGAAUUAGUCAAGUUUAGUACAUUUUUGACUUGGUGAACUAUUUUAGAUCUGCAUUUACGCAAUGCAUUUUAAUACUGUUCUGUACAGCGAAUCAAAGCAUAAACCUCAGGAUUUUUACAUUUAGUCUGGUAUAAUCAAGGGGACAAACAUGGCAUCGAUUAUACCUGGCAUCAGCUACUUGAUAGAAUUUAAACAAAGUUUGAAAAAAGGCAUUUCAUUUCAUAAUGCAUUCAUUUAUUUAUUCAUUUAUUCAUUUAUUCAUGCAUACAAUACAAUACAAAUUACAAGUGCCAUUCCAAUGCUGACUAUGGUUAUUCAAAGUAAAUUUAAACAUGGUACAGCCGAACUUUAGAAUUUGACAUAUUAAGAGAAUUUAUAGUGAAUAGGCUACAAUAUUAUAUAACAUUCUUUAAAAAGUUGAAUAAGAUAAGAUUAUUACACGUCUCCCAAUUAAAGACCCUACAAUUAAAAACCAACUCCAAUUAAAGACCACUUUUCUGUGGUCCCAAAUUAACAAAUGUCUUAUCUUUUAUUAUUUUGAAUUAGAGACCGAAACAGCUAAAGACCAUCUUAACCCUGGUCCCAAAAUGCCUUAAAUUGGAGAGAGACAUAAAAUUUAAAAAUAUGUAGAAAUCUAUUUUAUUAGACAUUCAUUGAUAUACAUAGCACUUAUUAAUUAUUAUCAUGAUAAUAUUAAUUUAUAUAGAUUUAGUGUUUGUUUAUUAAAACGGAACAUACAGUAAGGCUCAUUAUUGACAUAAUAAUAAUUGAUGGAAGUUUUAAAUGAAGAUAUAAUUUCCUUUCUUUUCUUUAUCCCAUACCCUGUGGUUGUUUCAUAGAAUUAUAUAUAACAAAGUGGUAUAAGAUGGUGCAAGCAUCAGUCAAACAAUCUCAAGUUGAAAUUCAUUGUUUAAAUUUACAGUUUGAGGUCGAAUGUACUUAUUUCUCAUAUAUUACAUUUAAAAGUUUUUGCCAUAUAGGAAAACCCUGUACAAGAGCAUAAAGAAAAUAGGAUUU